AUGUCGUCGCAACAGGCCCUCCCCCCUGGGUGGGAGAUGCGGUAUGAUGGCAACGGACGGCCAUACUUUGUGGACCACAACCUGCGUCGCACAACGUACGACGAUCCACGCCAACAACCACCUGCAAGUACACCUUACCCGGUUGCUUCUCCUUACCAGCAGCAGCAGCAGCAGCCGCCCCAGCAGCCUGCGCGCCCACCGGCAGCCCCACACCUGCCCAUGCCAACACCCCCGGCGUCCUCCAGCCAGCCCCCGCACCUGCCAAUGCAGCCACCACAGUCGCAGUACCCGGGCUCACACGCGCCACCACAGCCGUCCGGAUCCUCGUCAUAUCCGAGCCAGUACCAGCAGAGCGCAUAUCCAGGUGGCCCGCCGCCACCACACCAACAGCAGCCGCACCAGCAAUACCCACCACAGCAAGCGCCGUAUGUGCAGCAGCCACCGCAACAGCAGGGGUAUCCAAGCGCCCCAGGUAGCUCAUAUGCACCGCCGGCCUCAUCCUCAUACCCGCCACCAGCACAGCAGCCAUACCCGCACCAGCCGCACCAGUCGUACCAGCAGCAGCCGUAUCAGCAGCCGCAGCAGCAGCAGGCUUAUGGAUAUCCUCCACAGCCCGGUGCCCCGCCACCACAAGGGUAUCCGCAAGCACAGCAGCCGUCUGCUGGUGGCCUCCACCGCGUGCCCACAGCGGAAAAGCGCGGCGCGGCUGCACGUGCCUUCCAGAUGUACGAUCGUGACCGUUCCGGAACCAUCGACCGCAACGAGUUUUACCAGGCACUCAACUACCUGGGCGCAUCCCUCUCCUGGGCGGACGCGUGCGCGGUGUAUGAUAUCCUGGACACCAACAGGGAUGGCACCAUCACCUUUGCCGAGUUUGUGGACUACUACGUCGCAAACUUCUGA